AUGACGACUACACUUAUGCCCUCCGACAAUCCCUUUGUCGACCCUGCUACCUCCUUCGAAGAUGCAGCUCAUGGUAACUCGUUCGUCAGGGAGGCAACCCUGACACUGGGCAAAGACGUCUCUCUAACUUUAGGGACAGACUCUCUUAUUGUCCUAGAUUCCGCCAAUACUCGUGCGAUUCCAUUUUACAAUGUCCUUUGGGCCGAACUCGAGGCCUCCGAACUUGCUCUGCAGUAUGCGUCACCUGUAUCGGAGACCAUCGUCCGUGCCGCCACUUUGAAGUACGCCGUGGGGCACCAAAUGGUGGAAGUUGUGAAUCAGUGGGUUUAUAAGCUACUAGAUCGGUCAUAUGGCGAGUCACAGCCGAGGAAACGAGUGAAAGUUCUGGUCAACCCUCACAGUGGGAAAGGAAGUGCUGGGAAGCUGUAUCACCGAGACGCGGAACCACUGCUGAAAGCUGCAAACUGUACCAUCGAUAUGGUCAUGACCAAAUACAAAGGCGAGGCUGUGGAAAUUUCCGAGCAGCUGAACAUAGAGGCAUUCGAUGUCGUGGCGUCUGUUUCUGGUGAUGGGCUGCCCCACGAGGUGUUCAACGGCCUUGGGAAGAGAUUGGAUGCCAAAAAGGCGCUGUCUAAAAUCGCGGUGGUCAAUAUUCCAGCUGGGAGUGGUAAUGCCAUGAGCUGCAAUCUCAACGGGACUGACAGUCCUAGUCUGGCCACGCUGGCCAUUAUCAAGGGCAUACCGACCCCUUUGGACUUGAUUUCUGUUACACAGGGAGAGACCCGCACGCUAAGCUUCCUGUCACAAUCAAUUGGUAUUGUAGCAGAGUCUGACCUGGCAACUGAGCACCUCAGGUUUCUGGGUAGCCAAAGAUUUACUUACGGCUUUCUAAUACGCCUGAUAAACAAGGCACUGUAUCCUUGCGAUAUUGCAGUCAAAGUGGCGAUUGAUGACAAGCAAGAGAUCAGAGAGCAUUACAAGAAGGAACAAAACAACCGCGAGCCAGUGACUGAACGAAGGGGAUACAAACAUCUCCUGGACGAUGAUGCCUCAGCAAGCAGUGGCGCCGAAGAAGGCCUGCCGCUCCUAAGAUACGGGACUGUCAAUGAUAAAUUACCCGAAGGAUGGGAGCUCGUUCCCUAUGACAAACUUGGAAACUUCUAUUGCGGCAAUAUGGCAUACAUGACUGCAGAUGCCAACUUCUUUUCUUCUGCCUUACCCAAUGACGGUUACAUGGACCUAGUGUGCAUUAAUGGCGACAUAAGUCGUAUACAAACCAUAAAGAUGCUGCUCGCCGUGGAAACCGGCAAGUUUUUCGACAUGCCUGCAGUCUGGUAUCGCAAAGUCUUAGGAUACCGCAUUAUUCCCAAGAACCAAGAGGACGGUUUCAUUAGUGUAGACGGCGAGCGCAUUCCCUUCCAGCCUUUCCAGGCUGAGGUACACAAGGGACUUGGUACGGUCCUGUCCAAGUCUGGUCAUAUGUACGAGGCCCCUGGCCCGGUUUGA